ACUCGCGCCGCUUCCAGUCCCAUUGAUACGAUAACGGACUGGAAAGGGCCCCAAAUGAUAAAAGCCCGCAAGGCCCCCCCAAGCGGUUUUGUCCCUGGCGAUUGUGGUCUUACUUCCAUAAAAAGAUUAUCGUCUUUUGCCUUGUUGUCAUUUCUCGACCUUUGUCUCAUCUCGUCUUUGAUACCCUUCUAAUUGCGCCUUUCCGCACUUUACAACACACAAACCGCCCAUCAUGUCUACCAAUCCCGCCUUCAGCUCCCGGACGGAGACCCUUCAGAAGUACCUGAAGCUCGACCAAAAGAACAAGAUCAUGGCCGAGUACGUCUGGAUUGACGCCGGCGGUGACACACGCUCCAAGUCCAGGACCAUUGAUCCCACAAAGCUCGAGAAGGAUGCGUCCGGCAACUACAAGGAGCUCAAGCCCGAGGAGGUCAGCCUCGACCUCCUCAAGAACUGGAACUUUGACGGUUCCUCCACCGACCAGGCCCCCGGCAACAACUCGGACGUGCUCCUCAAGCCUGUCGCCAUGUACCCCGACCCCUUCCGUGGCUCUCCCAACAUCAUCGUCCUCUGCGAGUGCUGGAACGCCGACGGCACCCCCAACAAGUACAACUACCGCUACGAGUGCAACAAGGUCAUGGAGGCCUACAAGGACGAGGUCCCCAUGUUCGGCCUCGAGCAGGAGUACACCCUCAUGAGCCUCCAGGACUGGCCCGUCGGCUGGCCCGCCGGCUUCUUCCCCGCCCCCCAGGGCCCCUACUACUGCGGUGUCGGCGCCGGCAAGGUCGUCGAGCGCGACAUUGUCGAGGCCCACUACAAGGCCUGCCUCUACGCCGGCAUCAACAUCUCCGGCACCAACGCCGAGGUCAUGCCCGCCCAGUGGGAGUUCCAGGUCGGCCCCGUCACCGGCAUCGACAUGGGCGACCAGCUCUGGGCCGCCCGCUUCUUCCUCUCCCGCAUCGCCGAGGACUUUGGCGUCAAGGUCUCGUGGCACCCCAAGCCCAUCUCGGGCGACUGGAACGGCGCCGGCCUGCACUCCAACUUCUCCACCAAGGCCACCCGUGGCGAGGUCGAGGGCAAGAAGGGCAUGGCCGUCAUCGAGGAGCUCAUCAAAAAGCUUGAGCCCCACCACCUCGAGUGCAUCAAGGAGUACGGCGACGAUAACGACCUCCGCCUCACCGGCCGCCACGAGACUGGCUCCAUCGACAAGUUCUCCUGGGGCGUCGCCGACCGCGGUGGCUCCAUCCGUGUGCCCCGCGAGGUCGCCGCCGAGGGCCAGGGUUACUUUGAGGAUCGCCGCCCCGCCUCCAACGCUGACCCUUACCGCGUGACCAAGGUCCUCAUGACCUCCAUGUUUGGCAAGCUGUAAGCAUGCAAGCAAGCAAGCUAGUCGCGCGCGUUGAGGGAAACGAUUUGUUGGCAUUUGCAUAUAGACUAAGGAGUUUAAUGCUUGGGGAUCACGGCGCUGGGGGGUUGGUUUCUUGGGGCUUUGUCUUUCCCACUUGUCCAUAGAUGGCACAUUUUUCUACCAUGACUGAAUUCGAUCAUGAAGGCACCGCUGAGUGACCAAUUUUAUUACUAC